CCAGUCUCGACAAAACAUAUCUGCUCAGCCCGUCGGCCCGUUCCUUCUCAGCCUCUGUCUUUUCCGCACCCACCAUGUCGCCCGCCCCCACUCUGGACACCCAGAUCCAGCCGCCUAACGGCGACCUCGCCCACGUCGGGCAGCAGAAAGCCCAGAAGCAAAUGACCAAGGCUGAGCGGCGCGAGCUACAGGAGAAACAACGGGCUGCCAAAGCUGCCAAACAAACCGGGGCUGUCAAUGGUGUCAACGGCAAAGUGCCUAACAACGCAAAGCAGGGCUCUACAGCCUCAACCUCCAAUUCUUCAGCCCCAAAGAAGGGAGCAAAGCCUCCCGAGGCACCUGCACGACCCCGUUCGCAAUCUGUGAACAGAGUCAAGGACCCGAAGGCCGUGCCCACCACCAUACCCGACGCGUCGACGGAGAAGGCGCGCGGCCUCCGGAUAUUCGCACACUUCGGGCUGCCCAAACCCGUCAGUGCCGCCAAGGGUGAGAUACACCCGACCAUAGUACGGCUCGCGCUGCAAUUCGCGAACUUCAAGAUCGCUGGCGCGAAUGCACGCUGCAUCGCUACUUUGACUGCUUUCAAGACGGUCAUCCAAGACUACACCACACCCCCGAAUAAUACUCUUUCGCGACAUCUCAUGACGCAUCUGUCGCCUCAAAUUAGCCACCUCGUUGCAGCCAGACCUAUGUCGGUCACAAUGGGAAAUGCUAUCCGCCAGCUGAAGCUAGAGAUCAGCGGUUCAGAUAUAGACUUGCCUGAGCAGGAUGCGAAAGACGCACUGUGUCGCAAGAUAGACAACUACAUCCGGGAUCGGAUUAUCUUCGCCGAUCAAGUAAUUGAGGAGACUGCAGGAAGCAAGAUCAAGGACGGGGACGUUGUACUCACUUACGCAAGAUCAUCUAUAGUCGAGAAGGUCCUUCUCGGCGCACACGAGGAAGGUCGCGAUUUCUCCGUCAUCGUGGUCGACUCAAGACCCAUGUUAGAGGGUAAACGGCUACUCUCUGUGCUGUCCACUGCCGGUAUCCAGUGCACAUAUCUGCUUUUGCCCGCCCUCGGAUCCAUCAUCAAUGAAGUCUCGAUGGUUCUUGUGGGGGCGCACUCGAUCCACGCAAACGGUUCAGUCUUUUCAAGGGCCGGGACUGCUCUAGUCGCGAUGAUGGCGAGGCAGCACUCCGUCCCGGUUGUUGUGUGCUGCGAAACGUACAAGUAUUCCGAGGAGGUACAAUUAGAUAGUUUCACAAAGAACGAGUUAGCCCCAACCGGCGACUUGUUCUCAUCGUUUCCACUGACAAAGCCGCGUGAAGCUUUGACUCUCCAGAAUCGACCGAACCUGGAGAUUCUCAAUCCAUUAUACGACCUUACUCCGCCGACCUGCAUAACGGCUGUCGUCACCGAAGUCGGCGUUAUCCCGCCGAAUUCGAUCAGUUCGAUACCACUCGCGUUAGGCCGCCUCCUCUAAUUCUCCCGGUUCGCGCUGCAUCCGCGUUUCGCUCGUCGACCUACGUUAUCAUCUAGCAUCGCAUCGUCGCAUCCUUUUGUUCGCGCAUUGACAUCCCUCGCAUUUGCUCCCACCAGGACGGUUCUUGCACGCUAUCUACUCAUAUCGUAUCAUCCGCUAGGUAUUCGGUAGUUGUCUGUACGUAGUCAUCUCAUUCGUUGUACGAUCGGCAGCAAUUAGUGUAUAGCAGUCAAAUUGCCUGAUAUUGUAUCAAUGUAGAUUGUAUUACUGUCUGGUGUCUACCGUCAGCCAGUCAUCACGGACGCAUUAUCAGC